CUCGACUCCUUAGAUGUAAUAUAAGGCUGGGAGAGAGCCCCUGGAGCGCAAACCAACCCCCCAAGCCAAUGAUUGAGCCCUUACAACUCUAGGACGUUUUAUACGUAGAGCGCCAGGACAAGCAGAUUUCCAGUCAGUAUGACAACAACACCAUUGAUUUUCAUUGCAACCUGUUUGCUACUUGUCAGCCACAUCUCCCCUGCUGUGUGUCGUGCUGCAGAUUUGGGUAUUUUCAACAGACUGCGUUCCAAUAUCAGCACAGCCAGUGGUGAAGAUAAUGAUCAAAUUCUUUCCUACGUUCUGAGGGAAAAGUUACUCCAACCUUUGGAGCAGAAUCCAAACUACAUGGAGCUUCACUCUCGGUCACUCAAGGAUCAGAUUCUGAAUGAGAUCCUUGAAACCAGUCACCUCCGGAAUGAACUUUUCCCAAACACAGAAACAUCAGUGUCCAUUCAAGGACCAGAACUUGAUAUGGUGCCAGCUUUUUCUGAACGCUCAAAGAGAUCUGCUUCCAUCAACUCCCUGAAUCUCUCACUCCUCCUUUUGAAGGAAAUAAAUAGGAUCAGAAAGAAUAAAAAUCGAUUGAUACAGGCACAGAAAAAUCGGAAGAUUAUGGACGCCAUUGGCAAAUGAUGUAAAUUGUAGCAGUGUAACUUAUCAAAUUGGAGGUU